GCAGGCAGUCGAACAGUAGAUGUACGACAAUAGUAUAUUUUAGUAGUGAGUCACUGAGUUGUAGUCACCGCCCAGUAAUAACGGCAACAAAGGUUAUAUUUUAUUACAUUUUAAUAUUGCAUUUUAAAAUAUUGCAUUGAAUACAUUGAUGUCACGAACAAAAACGAAACACAAACUGUUGCGUCCGGUCUCGGAACACCCGCACCGCUAAAUCGAUAAGACAAUACCGUAUUUGCGUCACUGGCAUCACCACUCACGCAUCCACGGCAAUACUUAUUUUGUUCUCGUGUGAACCGGCAUCGCGACCGACUUGGCGUGCACAAAAUUAAGUAGUGUCUUUUGUUAUUACGCCGGGUCGACGUUCCUGCAGACGGCUCCGUUUGGCAGCAGGCGAAAUCCUAUUUCUGUGAUUUAUUUGCUGAGCCGUCCAAGUAAGAGAUAAGAUCCAAAAUUGCUAAAGAAUGAUAAACCAUUUUUAGAAUUAGUAUUAGUUACAAAAUACUAUUAUCAUGGAAAACACGGCAGAUAAGCAAAUUAGAGCUGCAAGAAUAUUGUUCAACCUUGCUCACUGUUAUUUGCAAACUACAGACAUUGAUGAUGAACAAGAAGAUGAAAAAAAUAAUACAAAAAAAAAAGACUUUCAACAAACAGAAAAAGAAGAAGUAAAUGGAAAAGAAGAUGACACAUUUCACAAAAAACAAGAAAAACAGAAUGAAUUAGAUGAUGAAAUAGAAUUACACUUACAAGUGCAAGUUGAAUCAAAAUACCAACAACAAUUAUGUAAAGAUAUACAAAAUAAAGACUUAAAAAAAGAAAAACCUGAAAUGGAAAUAGAAUUAAAAAUAGAAAUUCCACAAGAAUUUGAUGGUUCAUAUCUGAAAAAUGCUGAUAAAGAAAAACAACAUUUCGAGGAGGAAGUUGAAAAAAAAUCAAAAAAAAAUCAUGAAUUUAAUCAAAAAAGGGGAAGAGAAAACAUACCAGAACUAAUUAAUUUAGAAAUAAAUCCUGAUUUAAAAUUUCAACAGGACAUGGAGAGAGAAAUAAGACUGAAACACAAUAUACCAAAAGAAAAUGUGCUUGUAGAUUUAAGUGGAAAAAAUAUCAAUCCUUCAAGCACACAAGACCAAAUUCAAAAAGGGAUUGACAUUAAAUCACAAAAAGAUAAUAGUGAUGUUCUACUAGAAAAUGAAUUACUAGAACAGAAAAAUAUACACGAAAAUCUAAUGGAAUCAUUUCAUAGGUCAGUUCAAAAAAGAAUUGAAAGACUUAUUUGUGAAAUUCCGUUAGAAAAACAAAUAAUAAAUGAUGAUCUCCGACAAGAAAUUAAAGAAUUAAAAAAAGAAAUCAAAGAACUAGAUCCAGAAAAUUUUAAUGAAUUAAAUAAAGACAUUUUAGAAGAAGUUUCUAAAAAAGAUUAUUUACCGGUUCAAGUAAAAUUUUUUAAAAAUCUCUACCGUUCAUUUAUCCAGGAUUCAGCACCUUUUUAUAAUAGAUUAGACCAAUUAAGCAAUGAUAAAACACAAACAGCUGAACAACAAAAAUUGAAUGAAGAAUUUUUAAAAAAAUUAGAUAGUUUAUUAUUGCAAAAAUGUAACAAAGAAACACAGGAAGGAGUUAGUGGAGAUGAAAGAAAUCAAAAUCAAUGUGAAGGUAUUGACGGAAAAGAAAAAUUUCAACAUUAUGAUUUGGUUCUACAAUAUAAUCAUGAAAUGUCGCAAGAACUAGAGGGACAUGCACAACAGGUUGUAGGUAAAAAAAUAUUAGUUGACUUCUAUGAUGAUGCAGUGAAAACAUAUUUACAUAAAUCUGAUAAAGAUGUAUUAAAAGAAAAAUUACGUAGAGCAGGAACAGAUGUUAUAGACCAAACACAAAAAGAGGAAAGUAAAAAUAUCAUAUUUCAGUUAGAAUUUUAUAAAAAUGUAGAAGUUGAAGAGGGACUACAGAAAAAAAAUGAAAAAAAAUUACAAAAUAAUACUGAAGAAGAAAUAAACGAUGAUCUCAUAGUAAAAACUCAAGAAAAUGAAAUAGAGGUAGAAGAAGAUUCAGAUUUGGAAAUAGAAAAUUUCAAAGAAGAAAAACAAGUGUAUUCUGAAAUUGCAAAUUACAAAAAUGUUGAAGUAAAUGAAAACGAAAAAUUCAAUAAUGAUGAACUGGAAAGAGCUAAAAUUGUUGAGUCUGGAGUGAAUACCGAAGAUUCUGAAAAAAUGGUACAAGAAGAUUCUGAUGUGGAUAUUGAAGGUUUCGAAGGAGAAGUACUAGAGUUUCCUGAAGUUAAUAUUGAAGACUUUGAAGAAGAAUCUCAGGAAAAUACUGAUUCGGAUACUGAAGACCUAAGUGAGGAAGAAGUUAUUGACAUAAAUGAAGUAGUAGAAAUAGUUGAAGACAUAGAAGUAGAAUCAAAUUGUUCAAUAGACAAUUAUACACCUUCAAAUGAUGUACCCACUCCAACAUGCAAUGAAUUGAAUUUAAAAAUUAAUCCAAAUUCUAACCUUACACGCGACGAAGAAGAAAAAUUAAAAACCAUCAACUCAUCUGACCCUGCAAUAUUUACGAAUCAUAUUAAAGAGAAACAAACAUUUUUUGAAUUUGAACAUCGAUUAGAUGAAUUAUCUCAAGAAUAUAAAGGUUAUGUGCAGCAAAAAGUGCUUAAAGAAUUAGAACAAGAUAUAGAUGAUAAACAGUUACAAGAAAUGGAAAUAUUUCCAGAUACGUUAAAUGAAGUAAACGUAAAUAUAAAAGAAGAUUUUAAAAAAGAAAUUGAAGAAUUACAAACUGAAUGGUGUCAAUUAAAACCAGAAUUCAUGAAUAAUGUACCAUUAAAUUUUGAAAAGAAAAAUUCAAACAAAAAAUUAAAAGAAAAACCAUUCAAUUUGUUUGACAAAUUACAUUCUAUACACAGAAAGCUAUUAUGCAAAUUUGCUGAUUCCAAAGAGUGGCCAGAGAAUUGUUUCCAUCCAUCAAGUUUGCUGGACGUUUUGUUUGAUGACCCUACUGAAUUCAAACCUAAUGUGUUGGUGGUUACAUUGCAUUCCGAAGACAAAGGUUAUUCAAUAAAAAUUAAAACAGACAAGAAUUCAAAAUCGCCAGAAGAAUAUUUUUUCAAUUAUUAUGAGGACACAAUAUUAGUACAUAUGGAAGAUGAACAUCUACCUCCAGAUUUGUUGGAUUUAUUAGAUAGCGCUGAACCCAGGUUAUUUUAUUCUGGAUGUGUUAUUGCUGAAAUUCAUGAUCAGGUAGAUGAGGUUCCAGGCCGAGUGUAUAGGCUAAUACUGCGUCCUUUUAGUUUGUCCAUUCAGAGAGAUAUUGACCGUAUAAUUGCUAAAAAUAGUCAUGUCACUGAUAUAAAUUAUUGGUCAUAUAAUAAAAGAUUAAAGCUAGAAAGUAUACUGCUUAAAAAAUCAUAUCCAGUUAUGUGCAUGGAUUCAUCGCCUAUUGCUGGUUUAGUAGUUAAUUUACAGCAUCAAGUGUUAAGUUGUCGUACUAUAGUACUAAAUCCACUUAAGAGAAAAAAUAACUGUUCGAAGCCAAAACCAUCAAAAACAGAUUCAUUCAAUGAAUCUAAUGACAACUUAAAUACAUCAGUGUUGUCAAAUGAACCUCAAGAAGACUCUUCAAAAUUAAUGGAUACUGAAAAUACAAAUAUUGAAAACUAUGUCUUAUGGAAAUUUGAAUUUCGCAUAAAAUUAUUAAAACUUCUCAAAAUGUUUGUAAUAUACAUAACAGAAACUCAAGAAUUUUCUAUGUUAUUAUGUACAAAUCCAAAGAUUGAUUCUAUCAAAAGGAUACGGUUUAAAAUACAACCUUUAGAAAAGAAAUUGAAUGCCUAUAUUAAUAAAAUGCUAGAAAUUCUUCGAGAAAAAAUAAGCCCUGAUAUUGAAGUGGUUCAGAGGUAUAAAUGUCAAUAUAAUUCAGCUCCUCUUUCGUUCAAGAGCAUUCCAUCACUGUUAAGCGACAAAAUGUACAAAGCCAAUAAUGCAGAUAUAAGUCAGUUAAUAAAUAUAUUUAUAAGUAACUCCAACAUCAAAUAUUUACCUAUAAAUAAGAAGUUGGAAGAAAUGUAUACACAUAAUGGUGAAAUAACUAAACAUGGGACUGAAAAAAGCGACUUAUCACUUAUGCAAGAAAAAUUGGCUGCUGAUUCUCAAAAGACUAACGAAACAGAAGAGAAUUCUAGUGAUCCAGAAAUCAAAAGAAAUAUGCUGUUUUGUGCAACAAAAAAGUUAUCUACGAAUCCAAAAAAAUUUUUAGAUGCAUUAAAUGAUGUGGAUUUAGUAGACAAAAUACCUGAUUCGUCGUCACUAAAAACUCGAACCAUACCAAAGGACAUUUUAUUCAAUAAGGAUACAUCUCUUGAACCAUCAUUAAUACUUGAUUUAUCAAAAAUGGACUUCAAAGAUGAAAUAGCUGAUUUGUCGUCAUUAAAACCGCAAACCAUGUCAAAGAACAUUUUAUUCAAUGAUGAUACUAUGCCUGUAUUAAAAGAAAAGUCUACCAAUAUAGAGACAAACUCCUCUCUUGAACCAUUAUUAAAAAGGCCAAUACACAUAGUUUCAGAAAAUGAUAGUUCUUCAGAUCUAGUCCAAGAAAAAAUAUUAUCGGUAUCAAGUGGUUCUACGAUUCCAGUACUUAGAUUUCUUACAACAACUACGCCAUUUGAAUCAAGCCCAGCAGUAGUGUUAUCAAGUUUAUCAAUAAUUAAUUCUCUAGUUACGAGCAUUAAAACUUAUAUGUUACCAAUUGAGUCACCAAGUUUGGGUUAUAUAGCAAUAUCUGAAAGCUUGUCUUUACAAACUGAAGACAAUGUGUUAACAUCGAGAUUUAAUGAUGAUGAUGACUCCAAUACUAAAUCAUUACCAGCUAUGAAACCAAAUGAAUUAAUACAUUUGACAAAAAUAGAUGAUAUUGCAGUGAAAAUGUUUUAUUAUACUAAUCAAAUUACACCCACGACAUGUAAUGAGAUGAGCCCAACUGAAAAUAUAUUCACAAUGUUUUCAAAGUCUGAAUGCGUAGAAGAUAGAGAAGUAUUAGAAGACCAAUACAUGUUAAGAUGUCUUCAAUUAUUUCAUCAACAACCAACACUACUAGGUAUUUCGACUCCACAUAAUACACAGGAAAAUGAAGAUGAAUUUCCAGAUAAUAUGUAAGAGAUAUUAUGUAACAACAAGUUCAUAUACAGUAUAAUAUGGUGCCAGAUUUGAAGAAAGUGAUUGUUCAUACCUACUACCUACUUAUUUUUAAAAAAUAUUAUGUUAUGUAUGUUAAAUAUUAGAUUAAUUUGUAAUAUAUUUGUAAAUUGUUUUUAUUUUGUAUGAAAUUAUUCGUUUGUAGCCAAUUGAUUCAAUUAACAGUUUUAAAAAUAAGUACACAAUUCAAAACA